CUAGUACAGCCGCCGCGUGUUGCAUAAGACUCCAGCCGACGCUUGCCAUUUCUACACCCUUUCCUGCGGACACAUAAAACACACUAGGAUUGAGAUAAGAGCUAUACCCGGAUCUCAAUCUGAAUCUGAUCUGAAUAUGUUCAAACUCGGGUGGAGAGGCGUGAAAUUAAGCAGGAAAAUCGCGAGUCCCGCAAUUGCUUCUGCGCAGAUGGUGCGCCGCUACAGUGCAGACCGAAGCUUGUUUGGACUUUUGUUUGACAUUGACGGAGUGCUGGUACGUGGACGGACACCCAUUCCAGAAGCUAAACAUUGUUUCAGGAACCUGGUGGAUGGGAAUGGAAAAUAUAAGGUUCCCGUGGUGUUUGUGACGAAUGCAGGGAACAGUCUGCGACAAACCAAGGCAGAACAGCUGUCUCACCUCCUGGAGGUCGAGGUGUCUCCAGAUCAGGUAAUGCUGUCUCACAGUCCGCUGCGGGUUUUCACUCAGUUCCACGACCUGUGCGUGCUGGUGUCUGGACAGGGACCUGUGGUGGAGGUUGCACACAAUGUAGGUUUUAAGAACGUUGUGACCAUUGACAUGCUGCGGGAGGCGUACCCUCAACUCGACGUGGUGGAUCAUCAUCGCAGACCCAAAGACAUGAUUCCCCCCUCUAAGAAUUUACCACCAAUUGAAGCCGUCAUCCUGUUUGGUGAGCCUGUCAGGUGGGAGACCAACUUGCAACUGAUUGUUGAUGUGCUCUUGACCAAUGGGACGCCGGGAAACGCUGUGACAUCACUGAAUUACCCACACAUCCCUGUGCUGGCCUGCAACAUGGAUCUGCUGUGGAUGGCCGAGGCAAAAAACCCUCGAUUUGGGCAUGGUAUGUUCCUGGUGUGCCUGGAGAAUAUCUAUAAGAAGAUAACUGGUUGUAAGCUGAAGUACGAAGCUCUGAUCGGGAAACCCAGCGUUGUGACUUAUAACUAUGCUGAACUGCUCAUUCGACAGCAGGCCAAGAGCCUCGGCUGGACCCGACCCGUGGAGAGACUUUACGCCAUUGGUGACAACCCCAUGGCAGACAUAUAUGGUGCAAACCUGUACAACCGCUACCUCAAAGCAAUGCGUCACACUCACGCUCAGGUGCAAGCUCAGGGUGGCUCGACCGGCCAGGUAACUGGAGACCUGCAGUAUGAAGUGUCCGACGACGACAAACGUUCCGGACAGGUGAUGGUCGGGGGUUCAUUCGAACACCAACUACCUGAAGGCUGCAGUUCCAUCCUGGUCUGUACAGGCGUCUAUAACCGCGACCACCAGGACUUGCCCUCUGACCCCGAGCAGACGGUCACAGAGCACCAGAUUUUCCAUGGUCACCGGGACUUCCGAUUUGACCCGAACCUGACCCAGCCUUCCUUCGUGGUCCAGGACGUUCAGGAAGGAGUGGAGUUAGUCUUCCAGCUGGAGGGUUGGCCUCUGCAAUAGAUUCAGUGUGUCCCAAAUGAUGCCUUCAAAUAAUGUUCCGGGUUCAGUUCAUGUUUUGCUCUAUCGACAACAGUUGUGGCAUAAUGUCUAUUAGCACAGAAAAUAAUUUUGACUCGUCCUACAGUUAGGCACUUACAAUGGAAGUCUAUGGGGCCAGCGUUCGAUAGGGUUUAAAGGAAUAUUCCGGGUUCAAUACAAGUUAAGCUUAAUCGACAGCAUUUGUGGCAUAAUGUUGAAUACCACAAAAAAUUAUUUUAACUCGUCCCUCAUUUAUUUAAAAAGAAAAGCAAAAAUUGCAGUUUUAGUGAGGCACUAAUAAUGGAAGUGAAUGGGGCCAAUUAAUAAACAUUAAAAUACAUAUCGUUUCAAAAGUAUAGCCACAAGACGUAAACAUUAAACAUGUUACAAUGAUUUUAGUGUGAUAAAAUCACUUACUAGGUUACAGGUUUUACCAGCGUUACGUCGGCAUGACAACGAGGUUGUAAAAUUGGAUGUAACUACACACAGAUACGGUUAAUUAGCAAUUUUAUCACACACAAAUCAUGUUAACAUGCAUAUUGUUUACGUCAUGUGGCUAUCAUUUUUAAAUGGUCUGUAUUUUCAUGUUCAUCAACUGGCCCCAUUCACUUUCAUUCAAUUCACUGGCCUCAUUCACUUUCAUUCAGUUCACUGGCCCCAUUCACAUCACUGGCCCCAUUCACUUCCAUUCGGUUCACUGGCCCCGUUCAUGUCCAUUCGGUUCACUGGCCCCAUUCAUGUCCAUUCCGUUCACUGGCCCCAUUCCAUUCGCUGGCCCCAUUCACAUCCAUUCCAUUCACUGGCCCCAUUCACUUCCAUUCGAUUCACAGGCCCCAUUCACGUCCAUUCCGUUCACUGGCCCCAUUCACUUCCAUUCCAUUCGCUGGCCCCAUUCACUUCCAUUCCAUUCACUGGCCCCAUUCACUUCCAUUCGAUUCACAGGCCCCAUUCACGUCCAUUCCGUUCACUGGCCCCAUUCACUUCCAUUCCGUUCACUGGCCCAUUCAUGUGCAUUCCGUUCACUUUCCCCAUUCCAUUCACUGGCCCCAUUUACAUCCAUUCCAUUCGCUGGCCCCAUUCACCUCCAUUCCAUUCACUGGCCCCAUUUACAUCCAUUCCAUUCGCUGGCCCCAUUCACCUCCAUUCCAUUCACUGGCCCCAUUCACUUCCUUUCAAUUCACUAUAUUUGAAUAUUCCUUUUUGAAGGUCACAAGCAAAGGUCCACAUCAACUGCACCUUUUGGGACAGGGCCUUUGAAAUAAGAUGUGUCUUCAAGUGCUGCAGUAGGGGCGAGGUUACGGGUUUACACUAUUGCCAUCAGGAAAUUCAGCAUGAAUAAUGCAAACAUGAGCUGCACAAUGUGAAACCAGCUUUAACACUUGCAGCAAGGAAAGACAUUCAUCCAUGAAGCCAUAAUAGUUAAUGAAGGAACAACGCAAUUCCAUUUAAAGGAGAAAGGUCAUUUUUACAUUCAACGGGUAUUGUGUGUGUUUGUGUGUGAGUUCCCAGAAAUAUCAGCCAUUUAAGUUUACGUAAGCCUCAGUUAGUUCAUUCAAAUGUGAACGUAAGGUUUACUGUAUAACACACUGCACCUCUUAAGAGCCAUUCAAAAUUGUAAAAGUAGUUCUAUUCAAGUCAGUUUCGCUCCAUCUAGCUGUUUUUGAAUGCAACAAUGCAUUCUGUGUGAAUGACCCCUUGUAGCUACUAUACAUGAACAGUAAAAAAAACAGUGAUGUGUUUUACGAUUAUAAUACACAAAUUACUGUAAUGCCAGUUUCUGCAGAAUUUUCUGCCUUUGUUUUUAAAAAAAAUGUAUAUGACAAAUGUAUUUGUGCCACGUCUCUGGGUUUUUCAAUGUCUUGUGGCAUGAGCGUUGCGUUUUUAAGACUGUGAUCGAAGUCAAAAAUAGUUCCAAAUGCAUCUUGAGGCUGUUUUUGAAUGCAAUAAUGCACUCUUUGUGAACAGCCCCUUUUCGCUCUACUAUCCAUGAACAUUUCUAAGCUGAACAUUUAAUGUGUUUUAAAAUAAUAUACAAAUCCUUAAAUUCAUAUCCAGCCCACUAAAUAUAUCAUUGUGUGUUAAGAAAGAACAAGCAUUUAUUGAAUUCACUGUUUUUAACAUUUGUACUGUAUACAACCUACUGCAGAAUACAUGUCCCAUAAACAUAAUAUUGUACUUGUUUAUAUGUUUACAGAGUUAAUUCAUUAAAUGCAACUGUUAAAUUUA